UGUUGUCAUUUGCAUGGUCUACGAGGUUUUCGUCUCAUUUCUCGGCUUCCUCCCCAAUCCGAUCACCCUUCUUCGUCCCGGAGAGCAUUCCUGAAGAUAAAUUCUUCGCGAAACCGGCGAGCAACUGCACCAGUGCCGGAGUCCCAAAUCGACGCGAUCCACCAUGCUUGACGACGACCAUCCCUUCGCCGAUGGCAUCUCGAGCCCCAUAGCGGCGCACAUCCUGGACUUCUGCGACGACGGCAGCGGCGGCGACCUCUUCGCGGCAGUGAACGCCGCCUCGGACAUGUUCACGGCGUCCUCAGAGGACGCCUCGUCGUCGUCCACCACGGCGCCGCCGGGACCCUGCAAGCACUGCGGCGACAACGGGUCAUCGGCCGCGGCCGCGUCGGCCUUCUCCCCCAUGCCGUCGUUGGACUCCGCCCUCUCGGCUCUCCUUGAGGAAGACGAGCCGCCGGGCCCUGACGCCGAGUUGGUUCUCCGCAUCGAUUACGCGUUCGCGGCGGCGGUCGGUGGUGGAGAGCCCCAGCCGGAGCAGCAGCAGUUCGGCCAGGUGCCGGCGGCGCUCCCGGUAGCCUCCGCGACAGAGCACCCGGCGAUGCAGACGCAGAUGAGCAACACGGCGUCCGAGCUCAUGCAGCUCGCCUCCUCGGGAUACGGCGACGAGUGCUUUGCUGCAGCGAUGGCCGGAGGAGGGUACGUGGGCCUGGACGAGGCCCUGUGUCAGCCGCAGCAGAAUCCUGGCUCGUUGCUCCCUGCCGGCGUCGCGGAGGCGGUGGCGCAGGGGGGCUGCUUCUUCGGCAAGGACGCGGCGCAAGGCGGUUUCUUCGGCACCGGCGGCACCGGCAUGAUGAUGUCCAUGAUGGGCAUGGGGGAGAUCGGCGAGUACCAGCGGAUGAUGGAAAGCGCCAGCGCCGCGCUGGCCACGCACAGUCCCGACGCCGACUCCGCCGCGGCGCAGAUGGCGCUCGGCGGAAACGCCGGGGAAAUGCAGAUGAGCGGAAGCAUGAGCCCGGGGCGGCUGCCGGCGACGACGACGACCGAAACGUCGAGCCUGGAGGACGUGAGCUUCAAGGCCGCCCGCAUCUCCGUCGAGGAGAGGCGGGAGAAGAUCCACAGGUACAUCAAGAAGCGGAACGAGCGGAACUUCAGCAAGAAGAUCAAGUACGCUUGCAGAAAGACCCUGGCGGACAGCAGGCCCCGCGUCCGCGGCAGGUUCGCCAAGAACGACGAGUACGGCGAGCCGUCAAGGGCGAUGCAGAACCACGAGGAAUACGAACAGAUCAACUACAUCGGACGGCAUUUGCCAACCCUGUUGCAAUGUUUCUUUUCAGGCCGGCGUGAAGGGAGAAGACAUGCUCGAGUCUGACGCCCAGCAGGCGCAUCUCAGCGGCAUGAACUCCUACAUGUACAACUACACGGUGGAAUCAUGGAUAUAACAAACUCUCACCCAAGACACAAGCUAAAAAGCUCCCGUUUUGAAUUUUCCUAUUUUGUGCAGAUUUUAACAAACCCUUUUGGUUCGGUCCCAUGAAAUAAAGCGCUCAGUUUGGAGUUACUGUAGCUUCUGGAGUGCUCAGUUUGCUGUUACUGUAUAUUUGCUAUUGUGUUCAAAUCUGCUUUCACUUGUAGUUAGUUUGCAAAGAAUAAUUCGAGUGUAUAGAUUAUAGAGUCAUGUACUUGGCCAUCUUAAUAGAAAUACGGC